AACACAUACAAAACAAAACUUUCUCGACAACUCUUGCACACACUCUUUGUUUCAUUUUUAUUUUGUCUUCCCAUAUUGACUUUUUAAGUUUCUCUGAAAAUCUCACGUAGUAUGGGGAUGCAAGAAGAAGCAGAGCUCGUCAUCAUCCCUUUCCCCUUCUCCGGGCACAUUCUCGCAACCAUCGAACUCGCGAAACGUCUCAUAAGUCAAGACAAUCCUCGGAUCCACACCAUCACUAUCCUCUAUUGGGGACUACCCUUUAUUCCUCAAGCUGACACAAUCGCUUUCCUCCAAUCCCUAGUCAAAAAUGAGUCCCGUAUCCGUCUCGUUACCUUGCCCGAGGUCCAAAACCCUCCACCAAUCGAACUCUUUGUGGAAUUUGCUGAAUCUUACAUUCUUGAAUACGUCAAGAAAAUGAUUCCCAUUGUGAGAGAUGGUCUCUCCACUCCCUUGUCUUCUCGCGACGAAUCGGAUUCAGUUCGUGUGGCUGGAUUGGUUCUUGAUUUCUUCUGCGUCCCUAUGAUUGAUGUGGGAAACGAGUUUAAUCUUCCUUCUUACAUUUUCUUGACGUGUAGCGCAGGGUUCUUGGGUAUGAUGAAGUAUCUUCCAGAGAGACACCGCAAAAUCAAAUCGGAAUUUAACCGGAGCUCUAACGAGGAGUUAAACCCUAUUCCUGGUUUUGUCAGUUCUGUUCCAACUAAGGUUUUGCCGUCAGGUCUGUUCAUGAAAGAGACUUACGAGCCUUGGGUCGUACUAGCCGAGAGAUUUCCUGAAGCUAAGGGUAUUUUGGUAAAUUCCUACACAUCUCUCGAGCCAAACGGUUUUAAAUAUUUCGAACGUUGUCCGGAUAACUACCCAACCGUUUACCCAAUCGGGCCGAUUUUAUGCUCCAACGACCGUCCGAAUUUGGACUCAUCGGAACGAGACCGAAUCAUAAGAUGGCUCGAUGACCAACCCGAGUCAUCAGUCGUGUUCCUCUGUUUCGGGAGUUUGAAGAAUCUCAGUGCUACUCAGAUCAACGAGAUCGCUCAAGCCUUAGAGCUCGUUAACUGCAAAUUCAUCUGGUCGUUUCGAACCAACCCGAAGGAGUACGCAAGCCCGUACGAGGCCUUACCAGACGGGUUCAUGGACCGGGUCAUGGAUCAAGGCCUCGUUUGUGGUUGGGCUCCUCAAGUUGAAAUUUUGGCUCAUAAAGCUGUCGGAGGAUUUGUAUCUCACUGCGGUUGGAACUCGAUACUUGAGAGUUUGGGUUUCGGCGUUCCAAUCGCUACAUGGCCAAUGUACGCGGAACAACAACUAAACGCGUUCACGAUGGUGAAGGAACUUGGUUUAGCCUUGGAGAUGCGGUUGGAUUACGUGUCGGAAGAUGGAGAUAUAGUGAAAGCUGAUGAAAUCGCAGGAACCAUACGAUCUUUAAUGGACGGUGUGGAUGUGCCAAAGAGUAAAGUGAAGGAAAUUGCUGAGGCGGGAAAAGAGGCUGUUAUGGACGGUGGAUCUUCGUUUGUUGCGGUUAAAAGAUUCAUUGGUGACUUGAUCGACGGCGUUUCUUUAACACAACCACUCUCUCUGCCACGUCAUCCAAACUUCUCCAAUCCGAAUCAACCAACUACCAAUAACGAACGUUCCCGCCACACUACUUCUCUGAUCGACCGAUGUUCGUCUCUCCGACAACUGAAGCAAACCCAUGGUUACAUGAUCCGUACCGGUACGUUGUCUGAUCCUUACUCAGCUAGCAAGCUAUUCGCAAUCGCUGCGCUCUCUUCCUUCGCGAGUCUCGAGUAUGCACGGAAGGUGUUUGAUGAAAUUCCUCAACCAAAUUCUUUCACUUGGAAUACUCUUAUUCGUGCUUACGCUUCUGGACCAGACCCUGUUCGUAGCAUCUGGGCUUUCUUGGAUAUGGUUUCGGCGGAGAAUCAGUGUUAUCCGAAUAAGUACACUUUCCCUUUCCUCAUUAAGGCAGCUGCAGAAGUUUCACUUUUGUCUUUGGGUCAAUCUCUUCAUGGGAUGGCGAUUAAGUCAGCUAUUGGAAGUGAUGUUUUCGUUGCUAAUUCUUUGAUACAUUGUUAUUUCUCUUGCGGGGAUUUAGAUUCGGCUUGUAAAGUGUUUACUACGAUCAAAGAAAAAGACGUUGUUUCAUGGAAUUCGAUGAUUAAUGGGUUUGUGCAAAAAGGUUCUCCAGAUAAAGCUUUGGAGCUUUUUAAGAAGAUGGAGUCAGAGGAUGUUAAGGCAAGUCAUGUGACAAUGGUUGGUGUCUUGUCAGCUUGUGCAAAGAUACGGGAUUUAGAGUUUGGGAGGCGGGUCUGCUCUUAUAUCGAAGAAAACAGGGUUAACAUGAACUUGACGUUGGCUAAUGCGAUGCUUGAUAUGUACACAAAGUGUGGAAGCAUAGAUGAUGCGAAAAGGCUGUUUGAUGCAAUGGAGGAGAAAGAUAACGUCACAUGGACAACAAUGCUUGAUGGGUAUGCUAUUUCAGAAGACUACGAAGCAGCUAGAGAGGUUCUUAACUCUAUGCCUAAGAAAGACAUUGUUGCUUGGAAUGCUCUUAUAUCUGCUUAUGAGCAGAAUGGUAAACCUAAUGAGGCACUGUUAGUGUUCCAUGAGCUGCAACUUCAGAAGAACAUAAAGUUGAACCAGAUCACCUUGGUAAGUACUUUAUCAGCUUGUGCCCAGGUAGGGGCACUGGAAUUAGGUAGAUGGAUCCAUAGCUACAUCAAAAAGAACGGCAUUAAGAUGAAUUUUUAUGUUACAAGCGCACUGAUUCAUAUGUAUUCGAAAUGCGGAGAUCUUGAAAAGGCGCGUGAAGUGUUUAAUUCUGUAGAGAAGAGAGAUGUGUUUGUGUGGAGUGCAAUGAUUGGUGGCCUGGCAAUGCACGGAUGUGGAAGUGAGGCCAUUGAUAUGUUUUAUAAAAUGCAAGAGGCUAAUGUAAAGCCUAAUGGUGUGACAUUCACCAAUGUCUUCUGUGCUUGUAGCCAUACCGGUUUAGUGGAUGAGGCUGAGUCGUUAUUUUACAAAAUGGAAUCGAGUUAUGGUAUUGUCACCGAGGAUAAGCAUUAUGCUUGCAUAGUUGAUGUUCUCGGCCGCUCGGGUUAUCUGGAAAAAGCUGUGAAGUUCAUAGAGGCGAUGCCAAUUCCUCCAAGCACUUCUGUCUGGGGAGCGCUUCUAGGAGCUUGUAAGAUCCAUGCCAAUCUGAGUCUUGCUGAAAUGGCUUGUACCCGUUUGCUUGAACUGGAACCUAGGAAUGAUGGCGCGCAUGUGCUCCUAUCAAACAUAUACGCUAAAUCCGGGAAAUGGGACAACGUUUCUGAGCUGAGAAAGCAUAUGAGAGUCACUGGACUGAAAAAAGAACCAGGAUGCAGCUCAAUUGAAAUCGAUGGCAUGAUUCAUGAGUUUCUCUCUGGAGAUAACGCUCACCCGAUGUCUGAGAAGGUUUACGGGAAGUUACAUGAGGUUAUGGAGAAAUUGAAAUCAAAUGGUUAUGAGCCAGAGAUGUCACAGGUUCUGCAGAUCAUUGAAGAAGAAGAAGUGAAAGAACAAUCUCUGAAUCUGCACAGUGAGAAGCUGGCGAUUUGUUAUGGACUGAUAUCAACGGAAGCUCCAAAGGCGAUCAGAGUUAUUAAGAAUCUAAGGGUGUGUGGAGAUUGUCAUUCAGUGGCUAAACUAAUAUCACAGCUCUACAAUAGAGAGAUAAUAGUGAGGGACCGGUAUCGGUUUCACCAUUUCAGAAAUGGGCAGUGUUCCUGUAACGAUUUCUGGUGAUAUUUCAGAUUUUACUAAAAGAAACUCAGUCAAUUUUUGUAUUUGUUACACCUUUUUGUUUAUAUUUGCUUCAUCUCCAAAUCAAGUAUUGAUAUUGGC